AUGGUGGCAGCGAUGGAGCUGGAGAUCCUAGGCAUGAACUUCGGGUGCGUCCUCGCGGCGCUGGCCGACGCCAAGAUCCCCGACAAGGACUGCCUGCUCCCGCUCAUCUCCAAGCUGCUCGGCUACGCCAUCGUCGCCGCAUCCACCACCGUGAAGCUACCCCAGAUACUGAAAAUUUUGAAGCAUGGAAGUGUUAGAGGACUUAGUGUAGCAUCCUUUGAACUUGAGGUCGUCGGCUACACAAUUGCUUUGGCAUAUUGUAUUCAUAAAGGACUUCCCUUUUCAGCUUAUGGGGAGCUAGCUUUUCUGUUAAUCCAAGCAAUUAUCUUGGUUGUGAUCAUUUACUAUUACUCACCACCAAUGGGAACCAAAACAUGGAUGAAAGCUUUAUUAUAUUGUGGAAUGGCUCCAACGGUUUUGGCUGGAAAAAUUGAUCCUGCUCUUUUUGAAAUCCUUUAUGCUUCACAGCAUGCUAUCUUCUUUUUUGCUAGAGUUCCACAGAUAUGGAAGAAUUUUACGAAUAAAGGCACCGGCGAGCUCAGCUUCCUUACCUGUUUCAUGAAUUUUGCUGGUUCUAUUGUAAGAGUUUUUACCAGCAUCCAGGAGAAGACUCCCUUAAGUGGUAUCCUUGAUUCUGAUUGCAGUUACAAUUUUCUAUUCUAG